AUGCAUGCGAGCAACCGGAGUGUGGUUCUUGUUAACGAGGCCUUCGUCCGUGCCCAACAAGAGAUGGACGAUCUUAAGGUCCAGUUGGACGCCCAGGGCCGGGAAACGGAGAAGUAUGUGCAUUUUCUUCGGGAGAAGGAGGAGGAGCUAAGUCGAGCAGUUGCUCUAUCCCAUCUUCAGCCUGAGCUUGACGCAGCAAAGGCCGAGAAUCGUCAGCUGAGGAGUGAACUGGUCGCCAUGACCGAAUAUAACCGGAGCCUCGAAGCUGAGAAGAUCGACCUCAACCGGGAUAACACUCAAAUUUCCUCGAAGCUGGAUGAGCUUGAGACCGCUUUCUCCCAACUCCGGGAGGAGCUAGAUUUAGUGAAGUCGGAUGCUUCCAGCUUGGCCGAGAGGAACCGGCUUCUUGAAUAUGAGAGUGCCCGGUAUCAGGAGCGUGCCAGGGUGUUCGAAGAGAAAGCGGAGAACAGAUCUCGGAUGUGCGAUGACCUGAAGAACGAACUCAAGGAAACGACCGCUGCAAAUGACACCCUCCAGGCCGAGCUCCAAUCGGCCAUUCAAAUGCAGAACGUUCGUGGGGAGGCUCGGGAUGCUCUUGAGACAAAGCUAGCCCAGGACGAGGCCGAAUUGGAUGAAGCUCUAAGAAGCGUGGAGGCCGCCGAGGCUCAGGUUACUAUUGUUGCUCAGUACGAGAAAUGGAAAUCCCGGAGGAUCACUCUUGAGCAAGCCGAGCGUGGCUUUUCUGAUCUUCCGGCCCUUAUUGCCGAGGCCAAGAGAGUCGAGGGAGAGGCUAAGGAUGCCCUCGGUUCUGACUCUGAUGAUUCCGAGCGGAUGUUGUCCGAACAUUCCGGCUCCAGCCAUUCCGGGUAG